AUGAAGCUCUCUUUUCUCGCUCUUGCGGCCAUCGCACCCUUCGUGUCGGCCCAUUACUUCUUCGACACCCUCAUCGUCGACGGCAAGGAGAGUUCCCCCAACCAAUAUGUCCGCUCCAACACCCGACCCGCCAAGUACAACCCAACCAAAUGGGUCAACACCCGCGACGACAUGACCCCCGACAUGCCUGACUUCCGCUGCAACAAGGGGUCAUUCACCUUCGCUGGCCAAACUGGUACGGCGGAGGUCAAGGCUGGAUCCAAGCUUGCCAUGAAGCUCGGUGUUGGUGCUACGAUGAAGCACCCUGGCCCUGCACUGGUGUAUAUGUCCAAGGCUCCCAGCACGGCCAAGACAUACCAGGGCGAUGGCGACUGGUUCAAGAUCUACGAGGAGGGCAUCUGUGACAAGAACAAGGACGUGAAAAGUGACGCCUGGUGCUCUUACGACAAGGAUCGGGUAGAGUUUACCAUUCCUAAGGAUCUGGCCGAUGGGGAGUAUCUUAUUCGGGCGGAGCAUAUCGGUGUGCAUGGUGCACACGCUGGAGAGGCCGAGUUCUAUUACGAAUGCGCUCAAGUCAAAGUUGUCGGUGGCGGAAAUGGAACCCCCGGUCCUACUGUCAAGUUCCCCGGUGCUUACAAGAAAACUGAUCCCUCGUUCACCUACAGUGUUUGGGGUGGCUACAAGGACUAUCCCAUGCCUGGUCCGCAGGUCUGGACUGGUUCGUCGGGAUCUAAACACUUCUCGAAGGUUGUUGACGUUAAUGCUACCGGUGCUACUUCUUCUCAGGGGAAUGCGGCUACUUUCGACGGCAGCUUCACUCGUCGUGAGCACGCUCGUGACUUUAGCUACUAA